AUGGUAAAAGAGGCAGCAAGAAAGUGCUCCCAUUGUGGCCAAAAUGGCCAUAACUCAAGAACAUGUACUAAGGAUUGUAUCAAAUUGUUUGGAGUUAGCAUUGAAAAACGUGAACAAACAAUUAAAGGAAGUGCUAGCUUGGAUAACAUAGCAGCCUUAGAUGACAUUAACGGUGCACAUCAUGUCGAUCCCGGCUAUAGUUCCGACGGCGUUAUCGGUUCUAAGAGAGGCAGAACAGCGUAUACAAGGAAGAAAGGCAAGCCAUGGACCGAGGAGGAGCAUAGAACAUUUUUAUCUGGCCUAAGCAAUCUUGGCAAGGGCGAUUGGAGAGGCAUUUCGAAGAAAUUUGUGAUUACUAGGACCCCAAGUCAGGUUGCUAGUCAUGCACAGAAGUAUUUUCUGAGACAGCAGGCUUCAAAUGAGAAGAAGAAACGUAGAUCAAGCCUCUUUGACAUGACCUUCAAAGGAACUGAUCUGGCUUCUCAUCAGGAUGCUCCGAAACUGCCUUUAAUUAAGACUUGUGGGAGUUCAUCACAGGCUAGCACCUCUUCAGCUUCACCAUUGAGGAAAGCUGGCGAGGAUAUCCCAUCACCAGCUAUCAGCCCAUUACACCUCAUCAACCAAUUUCCUUUGCUUUGCUUGCAUAAUCCCCAGGUCAUGAGUCCUACUGUCGCAGCCGGUACUGGCGUUUCAAACUACAAUCCUUGCAUGCAACGAGUCCUUGCCAAUGGACGGCGGAGCUUUCCGGCAAGUAAAGCAACACCCUUUGUCUCCAUGAUGAACUAUCCAAGGGCCUACCAUCCUUACAUGCUUAACAGCCCUGCAAGCCUGGUUGGUUGCGCACCUUGUAUUGCCCAUCAACCAUCCGGUAUCCCUUCACCAAGUUCAUUUCCUCAGAGCUUUUCUCCACAAGGUGCUUCAACUUCAUUAGCAAAAAUGGAAGACCCUCUUGAGCUUAAAAUUGGACAACCCCCUAAAUCCCCCCAAGGAGCAAAUAUAUCAUCCCCAGCAUCUGGUGCCAUUAGUGUUAUAUGA